AUGCAAGUGUCGUCCACCAACAGGUCUCAGGCGGUAAAUAGCAAUGGGUCUGAUCCGAACUUGGCCAGCUGGGACUAUGACAGUAUUUACGGAGAAGCUGGUAUGCUGCCUUUUUCUCCGGCAGACCUUUUCUUACGCCUGAAUCGUACUACAGUGCUACUUUCCGUGUUGUACAGUAUUACAUUUGUAGUAGGCAUCGUGGGAAACAUUCUCGUUACCAUCGUCUUCACCAGACACAAGCGGAUGCGAUCAGUCACCAACUUGUUCCUGGUGAACCUUGCCGUAGCCGACCUGUCUGUGGUGUCUGUGUGUAUGCCCAUCACGCUGGGAAGUUAUGUGUACAGAGACUGGGUUUACGGAGACAUAAUGUGUAAACUAACACCAUUCCUACAGGGUACGGCUGUGUGUGUCAGUGUUUUAUCCCUUCUGGUGAUUAGCAUGAACAGGUAUUACGGAAUUCACAAACCCAUCAAGGCUAAAGCUAUGUUUUCUCGGAACAAAGUCUUGGUAACUUUGGCACUGGUUUGGGCCGAGGCGUCCGUUAGUUGUUCCCCUCUUUUAUUUGUGAACAGGGUAAAGACGUACGGAAUUCCGGGCCUCUUGACCCGGAUAUGUUCAGAGGAAUGGGGCAAUGGAGUCACCGGCAAGCAAGCAUUUAACGUGUUCCUCUUUCUCGUUAUGUUUGCCCUUCCCGUUAUUGUGAUGACAUUGGCGUAUGCCCGGAUCUCCGGUCAUCUCUGGACCGGAGACGUUCUGCUGAAGAGACGGGGGUCAGAAGUGCUUAAAGAACAACAAACCCGUGUGAUGAGACAGAGGAGACAGACGGUGAAAAUGUUGAUUGUGCUCGUGUUGAUGUUUACUAUAUCAUGGCUACCCUAUCACAUCGUCAACCUCUGGCUCGACUACAAUAUUAAGUCACCCGCAGCGAACCACGUUGCAGAGAAUGUUUAUCCGUUCGUUCAGUGGUUUGGCUUCACUAACUCUUCGAUGAAUCCCGUGUGUUAUGGAUUUUUGAGCGUGAAAUUCCGUAAGGCGUUACUAAGUAUGUGCUGCCCUCGCAUUGCCCAGCCCAGUCCACCUGUGAUCGUCACUAGCCAGAGGUACUCUGCUACAAGCGAUACUAUCGUGAAUGGGACAACAUACUCACCACACCCAUACAGGCCGUCUUUCGUUUAAACUGUCCUAAGUAUUUUAUAUUUUACAAAAAAAGAGUAAAAAAAAUGCUGUACAUAUGAUCUGUAUAUGUAUAUACAGAUAUGUAUACAUACUGGUAUAUUCUGCUAUCAUUUCUCCAAUUUGUAUUAAUGAGUGGAGAUAAAGAGAAAUCCAACAUCUCCUUUGCUAUUCAGAUAUUGAUACAGGACAAUGACGGGUUCAGACAUUUCCAUGACGUCGGGUUGGGGAUUUCCUCGAAACAUGUACAUCGUCUUGUGUCAUUAGACGUAUGUGUACAAGUAAACGGAGCGGGAAGAUUAUAGACAGGUUCAGCAUUGACGAUUCUUGGCUAUAACUGAAGACAAGACAUUGCCAAGUGGGAGGCAAUUAAUCAUUAAUUACUUGUAUA